UAACCAUGAAUCACGUGAUUUUUUCACCUUUUACCUAUUUUAUAAUGUAAGGUGUAACUCCUUAUGACCUAAAUAACAGCUGAAUAUGAAUGAGCAGCAGAUCCUCCACCAGCUCUGGCCAUGAUAAAAACAUUUUUCCCUCCAUGGCACCAGUAGCCUUGGAGCUGCUUUCGCUGGCCGGGGGAAGGCACAUGGAGGAGGACUUAUCUUCGCUCCGAUCGUAAAUUCACGUCAGGCUUUGCUCGUUCAAGUGACAUGUAAAACAGGAGGCAGGCAGCAGGUGAAGUGUAAGCCACAGGCGGGCGGUGAUAACGCCCGGCCAGCGGGAAGCCAGCAGCCACUUCUCCCACUUGGCCGCUAAGACAGCGCUCAUAUUUCCACCGGAGCUGCUGCUUGCACCUCUCACUUUCACUUCAUGGCUCAUUCUAUCGUCCCCAUCGCGUUGCUGGUGUUUGGACUUGUUGCAAUCCUGCUUCUCACUGUCCCCACUGAGGACGUCCAGGAGGCACCGGGGUUCAUGUAUGGGAUUGUCUUGGAUGCUGGAUCUUCACACACAGCUUUGUAUAUAUACAAGUGGCCAGCAGACAAGCAAAAUGGCACAGGUGUGGUCACCCAGCACAGUGAAUGUCAUGUUAAGGGUGGGGGAAUCUCCAGCUAUGCAGGUCAACAGGGAGCAGCAGGGCAGAGUUUAGAGGCAUGUCUGGACCAGGCGGUAAAGGCCAUUCCCAAAGAAAGGCACCACCUCACACCUGUGUACCUGGGGGCCACAGCUGGCAUGAGACUUCUGCGUAUCUCCAGCCCAGACCAGUCGGCACAGAUUCUGCAGGAAGUGGGACACAAAAUCCAGUCCUACCCUUUUAAGUACCAGGGGGCGGCCAUACUGAGUGGUCAAGAGGAGGGGGCGUACGGCUGGGUCACUGUCAACUAUCUCUUAGAGAACUUCAUAAAGUAUGGUUUUGUGGGCCACUGGUUCAGCACCGGCAGACCCACAGUGGGAGCGCUUGAUUUCGGCGGGGCGUCCACCCAGAUAACAUUUGCUACUCAGCAGAAAGUAGAGGACGAGCACGACAUGAUAAAGUUGCGUCUUUAUGGCCAGGAGUACUCUCUGUACACACACAGCUUCCUGUGUUAUGGGCAGGACCAGGUCCUCAAGAGACUGGUGGCUCAUAUAGUAAAGUCUCAGGGUUUCUCUAAGUCAGUCACAAACCCCUGCUACCCAGCAGGCUACAAUAGAACUUUAAAGCUGAACAGUAUAUUCAACUCACCGUGUACAACAAAGUACAAACCCAGCUACUACAACUCCCAGGCGUCUCUGACAGUACAAGGCAGCGGACAUUAUGAACACUGUCUGGGCAAUGUCUCCGAGAUCUUCUCCUUUGAUGGCUGCCCUUACUCUCAGUGCUCCUUUGAUAAAGUUUUCCAGCCAAAUGUCACCGGUAGCUUCAUGGCGUUCUCUGCAUUCUUCUACAUUCACUCCUUCCUGCAGCGAAUCACCAGCAUCACUGUGAGCACUCCAUCACAGCUGGAGGAGGCAGCCAAAUCUGUGUGCAUCAUGACUUUCAAUCAAAUGCUGAUUCUUGCUCCAGAGCAAAGGUCUCGUUUGCAGGACUACUGUGCUUCCUCUGUGUUUCUAAAUAUUCUCAUGUUGAAAGGAUACAGCUUCGAUGAGACGACGUUCCCACGUAUUUCAUUCCAGAAGAAGGCAGGGGACACCUCGGUGGGUUGGGCUCUGGGCUACAUGCUCACUUUGAGCAAUUUGCUGCCUGCAGAGAGACCAGGGCUGAGGAAAGCACUGACCCUUGGAGCAUGGGGAUCGCUCAUCUUUCUCUUUGUCCUCCUGCUGGCUGCAGUCAUGAUCUUCAUCUUACUCCGAGCUCGUAAUGCCAAGAACAAAGGAGGCAGUGAAAGCACCAUCUAGAUAACUGCAACAACGUACAGUGCAGUACAGUGUACUUUGUUGUUGUUGUUGUUUUUUUGUGAAUCUGAAUUUGAGCUUUAUUUGAGGAUGUUCAUGUUUAUAGUUGGUGAACGGUGUAGGAACUGUUUCUCUUUUUAUACAUAGUCCCCAAAGGAACUGAAAGAUUUUACAUCUUAUGUAUAAUUAAAAUGACUUGACUUUGGAGAUAUGUUAACUUGACCAAUUAAUCUCUUUGUAAAACUGCAUAGAAGGACUACAACUCCUCCACUGUUCAUCUGAUGUGGAGACCAUCAAAUUAAAGCUGAAAAUCAGGAUUUAAAUUUCAUGGUGCUGGAGUACAGAGCCGGCACAAUGAAACACAUGUCACUGACCAAAUACUGACUGCCCUGUAGGUUUAAGAUAGCACUACCAUGGUGGCAAUGGCACUACACAGGAGGUUUGAAUGUAAUUUUUAUUCUUGAAACAUCAAACCAAUUGUUGGUUGUAUGGAAUGUAAGACAUUUCAGCUUUUUUUUGUAGAAAGUCUAACUUUACUCUGAAGCACUGUUACAGUAAAAUUAAGCACACUAUGGA